CACACAGAAUAUUUUGUAAUUAAUGUAUGUACCUCCUAUAACUGUUUGUUAAAUAAAUUACUAAAAAAACAGUGGUAGUGGGUAUUCUAUUAUCUUGUCCUAUUGACCAGUGAAGGUCCUUCUUGUUGCAACCAAAAGAAAAAAAAAAAAGAUCAUCAAAACAAACAAAUUAUUCUAUUUAUGUUGUAGAUUAGCAGUUGAGCUCUCAUUUUCUUCUAAAAAAUUUGCUGUGUAAUUUGGUACUUGUUGUUGGGUUGUUAGUGCUAAGAUUCUUUUUUACUUCAUUUGAAGCAAACCCAUCUCUUUGUUUAUCUUAAAUAUCUCUUCUUUUCAUUUCAAAGUGUAAUGGGCUUCAUUUUUUCAUUUGGGUUGAUCUUAAAUUGCUUGAAAGACAACAUUUUGAAUUGAUCUUGAAAUGGGUGUGGCUAAAAAUUUGAUCUUUUUAAGAAAGAAUUAUGGGGUUUGGUUUAGAAUUGUGUUUUAUUUAUGGUUUUUCUUUGGAGGAUUUUGCAAAGUAAAGGGAGUAAGGCCUCUUAGAGAAAGAUAUCGUUCUUGGGGUGAUGAGCAGUGGCUUUCUGCAAGGAAGGAUGAGAAUGAAUUGGGUCCAUUUUCUGCUUGGAAUAUAACAGGAACGUUCAGAGGGUCUUGGAGGUUCCUAGAUUCAAAGAAUAGCUCUUCCCUUUUUCCUGAUUUUAAGAAAUCCGAUGGAAACUCUGUCCUGGAAUUGAUUAGUACUCCUACAAAAAUAACUGGUGUACAUUAUGUUCAGGGUGUAAUAAUUUUCCAUGAUGUUUUUGACAAUGAACAUGGGGGUGCUCAAAUCAGAGUAGAAGGAGUAUAUGUAUGGCCAUUCAGACAACUUCGGAUGGUAGCUCACAGCAAAGAGGGUGAGAUUGGCCAGGAAGAUGAUUAUCUAUUAUCAAAUCCUUAUCAUCUGCUUGGAAUUUUCUCAUCUCAGGUCUUCCAAGAGUCUCCACGAGAUAAGAUUUGGAAACGGAAACACUCACCUAUGUAUGAGAUGGAGAAACAUUGUAAUGUUGAAAUUGCAGCACAGGUUUCUCGAGUGUCAUCUUCCACUAACGAUGGAGAUCAUGAUCAUUAUCAUCUAGAAGGAUUGAUGGAGAGCCCUUCAGUGGAUGAUGACGGAGACUGUUUCUCCCCGAUCCUAUUGAAUGCUACUUCUAUCAAUAUAGAGGUUUACUACAACAAAGCAGUUAACUAUACGUUGAUGGUCACCUUUGUUUCUUUUCUUCAAGUGCUCCUGCUCAUUCGGCAAAUGGAACAUAGCAAUACCCAAUCAGGAGCUGCAAAAGUUUCAAUUUUGAUGAUCGGACAACAGGGAAUAAUUGAUGCUUAUCUUUGUCUUCUACAUCUGACUGCAGGCAUACUUGUUGAAUCGCUGUUCAAUGCUUUUGCAACCGCUGCAUUUUUCAAGUUUGUUGUCUUCUCAAUAUUUGAGAUGAGAUAUCUUCUCGCUAUAUGGAAGGCAAAUAGACCUAUGAAUACUGGAGAGGGUUGGGAAGCAAUGAGGCGCGAACUGUCAGUUCUGUACAGCCGUUUCUAUGGGAUCCUUUUAGGUGGAAUUUUAAUCAUGUAUGAGUUCCAUAAGUUUCUGCGACCUCUUCUUCUCCUUUUACACUCUUUUUGGAUACCUCAAAUUGUAACUAACGUUAUUCGUGACUCGAGAAAACCAUUGCACCCUCAUUACAUCUUGGGAAUGACUGUUACUCGGCUAGCAAUUCCACUAUAUGUCUUUGGUUGUCCUCACAAUUUUAUGCGCAUAGAGCCUGACAAAAUUUGGUGCAUCUGCUUGGGAAUCUUCAUGGCAGUGCAGGCAUUAGUUCUUCUUUUGCAGCACUAUCUUGGAUCUCGGUGGUUCAUUCCCCGACAGAUUUUACCGGAAAAAUAUAGUUAUUACAGAAGAUUUGACCAGAAUGGAAAUCAUGCAACUGACUGUGUCAUUUGCAUGACUGCUAUUGAACUCACUCUUCGUUCAAAUAAUUGCAUGGUGACGCCUUGUGAUCAUUUCUUUCAUUCGGGUUGUUUGCAAAGAUGGAUGGACAUAAAGAUGGAGUGCCCAACAUGUCGACGUCCUCUUCCUCCUGCCUGAUUUUUUUUUGCCGAAUUCCUGUUGAUACAGAGCAACUGACAUCACCAACCUGUCAAAUGAGGUUGGCGGAGGAGUGGAUCGGAGCAUUCUUGAGGAGUCUUCAGUAGGUUUUUAAAAAAUUAACAAAGAUUCACCAGAUUGCCUUGUGCAGUUCUUGUGAUGUACAUUAUGGUCAUGUAGUUUUUGUUCAAGGUGGUAACUUUCUUGUUCUCUUCUUCUCUUUCCUUACAUUUUCUUGAGAUAUUGGGGGGGAAAGUAAGUUGUAAAUUCCAAGUUGAGAAUUGUAGUCUUAUAAUCAGCACCCUUUGAAUAGGUGAACUACAGGUAGAUAGCAGUAAUGAUUUUUUCACAGGAACAGCAAUGUGAUGUGUGUACAGUGCAGAUUUUCUUGUACUCAAUACUAUGGUUCCUCGUACAGAAAUUGUAUUAAUUGUCAAAUAAGUGAUGGAAUUGUAAACUAAAUUCAAGUCUUGGUCAAAAGUGACCUAUAAAUUAUGAUGUGGGAUACUGUGA